ACUAGACUCGUCAACCGGAGUUCAAGAUGGCGAUCGGCGAGCUGCUAAUAUCGCAACGAAUCGAUCAUUAAUAUAACAUCUAAGUCCUCAUACUAUAAUAAGCUGUAGGCGUUAUGUCAGUUUUUCACAUCAGCUUCUUAUACCGUCCUAAAGCAGUGGCUAUCCGACACUAGUGUGUAGAGAGAGACUGUGUGUGUUCUGUUUUUUAGCUUACGUCAAAUAGAAAUAGUUGCUGAUCAGCUUUAUGAAACUGUUUGGAAUGAUUGGGAAGUUUUCAUUAGUUUGGAGGUCAACAUGUCGCUAAGAGAGUUGAAAGUAUGUCUUCUUGGGGAUACAGGGGUUGGAAAGUCAAGUAUCGUGUGGAGGUUUGUGGAGGAUAGUUUUGAUCCCAACAUUAAUCCCACAAUUGGAGCAUCGUUUAUGACAAAGACUGUGCAGUACCAAAACGAGCUUCACAAAUUCCUCAUCUGGGACACAGCAGGACAAGAAAGGUUUCGUGCCCUGGCUCCCAUGUACUACAGAGGCUCUGCUGCAGCUAUCAUAGUGUAUGACAUCACUAAAGAGGAAUCAUUCCAGACGUUGAAGAACUGGGUGAAGGAGCUUCGCCAACAUGGACCACCCAACAUAGUGGUGGCUAUCGCUGGGAACAAAUGCGAUCUCUCCGAUGCCAGAGAGGUGUCAGAGAAGGACGCCAAGGACUAUGCUGACUCCAUUCAUGCCAUAUUUGUUGAAACCAGUGCCAAAAAUGCCAUUAACAUCAACGAGAUCUUCAUUCAGAUAAGUCAAAGGAUCCCAGUUUUAGACACAGAUGGCGGGUCUGCAGUCAAAGGCUUCAAACUUCGUCGCCAACCGUCAGAGUCGACCAGGGAACGCACUUGCUGUUGACGCAGUCGUAAACAAUUUGGCCAGAUCCUCUCCAGCCUCUUGUUUUAUUUUCGAUUAGCAACCGAGAAUAAUAACAGAUAAAGAAUGUGAUGUCAUAGGGGAAGUUACAAAACUUCCUUCUGGAGCCAAAAAAAAGUUCAGUUAAGAAUGGAACGAGAUAAAUAGUCUGAAUCCCGAUGCACUUUUUUUGAGAAAAGAUGAAAAUGCCCUCAUACAGUCGUUGUACCUUAUCUUGCCUGUUCUUCAGCCCCGUUCAAAUGUCUUCGGGGGAUUCAUUUCUGUCCUAGAUCACUGCCCAGAAUCAGACAGCAACCAAAACACCUGCUUAACAGAUCAGAUACUGUCCUGUCUUGCUGUCUUGCUCUCUUUCUUUCUGUUUCUCGUUCAUUCUCUGUGCAACAACCUCUGCAAAACUCCAUGUAGAGCUGUCCGUCUGUACAUUUUAACAGCUUCAGCACUCCAAAUGCAUCAACACAGCAUUCUUGUCUCACUAUUUUUGCACAUUUUUGAUGUAUAUGAUAAAAAAAGAAUGAUUAAAAAAAUGAAUGGGUGAAUCUCAUGAAAGCUGUAAUAUCCAGGUCAUAUUUAACACAAAUCAAGUGAAAAAAAAAUUGAAAGAAAUUAUAUUUUGCAUAAAGUGAAGGUAAAGUCCAUUCUUAGGGCUAUUAAGAUUUUUAUUGUGUAACCAUUUAAAAUUCAAUUUUACUGUAAAGCAGUAACAAAUGCAGCUGUGUUAAUGAUGCAUUAAUGAUAAAUACAGAUAUACAGUAUGUAAAAGUGCUUAAUUGUCCUAAAAAUAAUGUAACAAUGCAAAAAUAUUAAUUGUCCUAAAAAACUGACGUGUUUUCAUGAGAUUUACUCAAAUGCAAAUUUACUAUUAUAGAUAUCAAGAUAUUUUUUGUAUUUUUGUUGAGCUGGACCAGAGAUCAGGUUGUGUGCACUUCUGACUUAUGUUUUGUAUAUGAAAAAAUAAAACUAAAAUCAGUGGUAGUACUAAAAAUCUAGAUAAAAAUACCUCUUUUUCGGUCAAUAGUAUUAAACAUUAGCAAGAGCUUUGGCCUGCAGCCCUAUUUUGAGAUGAGUUUAUGAAGUUAUAUUUGGAGUUCUAUAUGAAGAAUGUGCCAAAUUGUUUUCUGUGGCUUAGUAGGAGUUGAAUCUUGCAGUAGCAGAUCAAUAGGUUGUUGAUAAUAAUGGCAGCAUAUGCAAGUUUGACAAAUCCUGCAUAUUUAAUCAGUUUGCAAGUUGAGAUAGCAGUAGUAACACAUUCUAUGCUCCAAUUAGCUGCAUUCUGGGUUGCCAGAUACUUAGGUACAGAUCCAGCCUUAACAAGCAGUUAGAAUGGACUUUUAUAUAUAGUAAAUGACCGUUGUUACCGCUUACAGUGCAUAAUCGUGGCAUUAGAAAAGUUCAACCCUCACGCUCUGAGAUAAAGUUGGCCGGUCUUCUAGAAUGCUGACAAAAAUAGCGGUUUCAAAGUGUUAGAUGUGAUAACUUUUCCAACCGUUCACAUGUUUUCCAUAUCAGAAAUUUAACGUUAGUGGGAAGGAGACAAAUGCCAGAAUUCUGUAGUGCAGUUUAGGCUUGCGUCCAGAUUUUGUGAAGUGUGCGUUAUGUCCGAAUACUUUCUGAAAUUGCAUUUUAACCAUUUGUGUUAGUUGGCAGUUGGUCUCUUCAGAUCCCUUGCUGUUCCAUUUUAUGACGUUUUUUUACUGGAUUGAGUGAUUUUGUGAGGCCUUGCCAAAUGCCCUAAUUGUCUCAUAAACAUUUUUCAUCUUUCUCAUUCUUUCACUGAAUAACUUUUGGCCUGCACAUCCAACAUGCUUUUACUAUCUGGACAGGGAUAAAAAAGGAGCGUAUCUGGAAACUAGUCUUGGUUCAGAAAGAACAAGGCAUUUAAAAAAAAAAAAAAAAAAAAAAAGUA